AUGUGAGGGUGAGUGGUGAGUGUGAGUGUGAGUGACGUCUAUAUAUAACGGGAUGUUAUAUGGAGUGUAGCUGGAGUGUUAACAUCAUUCUGCCUUUGUAGCUUUUCUCCACAAGAUGUCUCCACUUGUUUAUCUUCUUUUUGUCACUAUCUUCGGCAGUUCGAUUUCAUUCAAAAUCGGAAGUCAGACAUGCGCGAAGCGUUACCGAACUUGUCUUUUUUCGAGCCUCGUCAGAGCUGACGUGGCCAUUUGGAGCGGCAGGAAUCUUUAUGGAGACAAAUUAGUCGAUUAUCUUAAAUUCUAUUGCAAGCAAGCGGUGCCAAAAUAUAUUAUGUGCGCUGAGUGUGGGUCGACGAUCCCGCUGCAGCCCAGUGCAAUGUGCAUGAAAACGGAACCAGUAAAUUCUUUUGUUGGAGCUGUGUUAUCCGGGUACUUCACUGAUGUCAAGUGUGUUCGCUUUUGGAUGAAUUACCAUGAACACUGCUUGGUUCCCUUAUAUGAACCUCCAGAAAAUACCAGCGUUCUGACAGCCAUUGUUGAGUGUUACAGUAUCUACAGAACCGAUUUUGACAAUUGUGGUGAAAACGGUUUCAUUGCCAUGAUAAUGAGGGCAACUCAUUUCGCUCCGAUGGGUUCAACGCUUGACGUAGAUCUUUCAAAAAUAACGCAAGAAGGUAAAAACGUGGAAUAAGAUUUACGCAGAUAUAAAGAGUUGAUUUUUUAUAUAUAUAUAUAUAUAUAUAUAUAUAUAUAUGUAUUAUAUAUAUAUAUAUACACGCACACACACACACACAUAUAUAUAUAUAUACAUACAUAUAGACAUACAGAUAUACAUAUAUAUAUAUACAUAUACACAUACAUACAUAUAUACACACAUAUAUAUAGACAUAUAUAUACAUACAUAUAUAUACCUGUACACACACACACACAAAAUUGAUAACACAUCAUUAAACUCUAAACUUUAUUACAAUGCAAGAAAUCCUGAAGGAACAAUUUGUGUGUAUAUUCAAAAUUAGAUAAAACGAUCGCUGAGAACAGCAUAUUCUGAAUAAAAAGCAAUUUCCCAGAGAGAUCAUAGUUUCUCCUCUACAGCUGUUUCGAUAGCGUUCACUAAUCGUAACAUUAAAACAACUGAUGAAGAGAAUUAAAUAAGGAAUAUAUGCUUUUUACUUUAUCUAUGGUACUUGUUUGAUGGAGGAGGGACAUAAGUAAAAUGGCUGACAGAGCGAUCUGCUUGCUUAACUAUUAACUGGAAACAAAGGAUAUGUAUAUUAUAUUGUCUCAAAAAUAAAAUUUUACAAAUUACAAAAUAAACAAGCAAUUACAAAAUUGGUUUUAACGAACACACCAUGUAACUAAAUGGUUGUUUCAAUUUUCUUAACUGUUUGAAGCCAAAUUUCAAGCCUCCACCCCCACUCCUCAUAUGAAACGCUUCUUAUUCAGCCAUGUUGUUUUUUCUUCCCCCCCACCCGUAUUAAAUAUUGUUUGAAAAUAAAGCAAAUAUAAAUUUU